AUGAUAACAAAUACAAAAUUAAAUUUACCACGAAAUCGUUCGGCCGUUUAUUGUCCGACAACCUUUCAAACAGAACAAAAAUAUUUUUUAAAUAUUUACGAACGUGAUGAAAAUAUGCAGAAAAUUAUUAAAUAUGAUAAAAGUAUUCAUGAAGAUAAAAGGUAUAACAAUAAGAAUGAAAAUAUAGAUCAGACGACGUGGACGCCUAGCGUCGUCGUUAGUAAUAUUGUGACUAGCGGUGUGUUUGAUUGUACGUCGACAGAACUUGGUACAGUGACGGUAAAUAACGACGGUUUAUCAUCAUCUGUAGUGAAAACUACCGCCAAAACUAUGCCACGUUUUCCGAUAAAAAAGGAGCCUUUAUCACCGACAUAUUUAACACGAUCUAUGGACAGAAAACGACCACAUUUUUUAAGGUCACCAAAAUCUAAAUCAACAGAGAGACCGUCCAUUUUAAGUUCAGCUGGCACAAGUCGAAUUGAGCGUCCACCUUCAGUAGCGCGAGGUCGUGCUGAAGGUGGACGUGGUGAAAGUUCUGGAGAAGAUCAAAGAGAUGGAAGCCCAGAUACACUGUAUCGUCAAAAUUUAGAAUUACGCCAUCGACUCGAAGAAGAAGCAUCGAAUUAUAAACGACGUUUGGAUACCUAUAGGCAAGCUCAACAACAUCAAGCUGCACUUGUUAGCCGUUUACAAGCAAAAGUAUUACAAUAUAAGCAAAGAUGUUCCGAAUUAGAACAUCAAAUGGUCGAAAGUAUACCACCGAGAGAUGAUAUAUGUUCUAGACCUACUAGUUUACCACCUCCUGCCAGCACAGCCCUGCCAGGUUCAGCAUUAGAUCAAGCACAACAACAUUUACGUGAAAUUCGUGAAGAACGAAUCCAUGAUUUAGAAACAGCAUUGAAACGCCUUGAUGAAGAACGUAGAAGAAAUGAUAAGAUAAUGCAAUUAAACGCAGCUUUAAGGCAACAGUUAGAAGAAUCACAUAAAACAAAUGAAGCACUUACAUCCGAUUUACAAAAAUUAACAAACGAUUGGGAGGACUUACGAGAAGAAAUGAUUAUCAAAGAAGAUGAAUGGAAGGAUGAAGAACAGGCAUUCACUGAUUAUUAUACAACCGAGCAUAACAGAUUAUUGGGAAUAUGGCGUGAUGUUGUAUCCGUAAAACGUUUGUUCACUGAAGUUCAAUCGAGCACCGAACGCGAUUUAGAAAAACUACGUACACAAAUUACAUCCGCUAGUCGUGAUAUACAAACCGCUUGCAACACGGUAACAACACAAACAUAUUUAAAUGGUGAUUUAUCGUCGCUUCUUCAAGUCGAAGGAGCGAAGCCACAUUAUAAAUGGGAAUCUGAAAUGUCAGAACUGCGUUCACAAAUUGAAUCGUUCCGAUUGCAAUACGAUGCCGCCCAAAAUGAAAUACGACAUCGUGAUGAACGGGUUCAACAAUUAUUACGUGAAGUGGCCACGUUGGAAGAUCGAUGCAACGAUGCUGAGCAGAAUAUAUCACAGAUGGCGAAUGUACAAGAAGAGGUGGAAAUCUUACAAUCGGCUUUACGUGAUAUUGCACAUAUUGUUCUUCAGGAUGCUGAAUCACAUGAUGACGAUGUUAGUCACAUACAUUUAACACCAGCUCCAUCAGUUCCUCAAAGAUCACCUAAGCGUUCUUCAUCAAAACAUGCAACACCAGCUUUUGCUGAAGGAACUAUUUCUGCUGUUCAAGCAGCUUUACAUAAAUAUCAAUUACUGAUACACGAAUUACGUGUGAAGUUGCAAUCGAAUAAAGAACAAUUAAUAUUAGUUCGAAAACAAUGCCAAAAUUCGGAUGAAAAUAAUGUAGCUUUAGAGGGAAGAAUUGGUGAAUUAACCGCACUAUUAGAUGCUUGUCGGGGAAACUGUUCACAAUUAACUCAAGAACGUGACACGCUACAAAAGGCUUUGGAUGCAUUGCGUACAGAAAAGAAUGCGUUGGAUAAAAAUCGGUCAGAAAUUAAUUUCAUGUAUGAAUCAUUACAAUCGGAUUACGAAAAACUACAAAAGAACAAUGCAAGAUUACAAAAAUUAGUCGACAGUUUAGAGGAUGAAAAACUAUUUUUGCAAGGUGAAACCGAUCGUUUACAAAAAGAAGGUGAUAUACGUGAAAUCUCAUUACGCAACGAAGAAGAUCGGAACAGUCGAUUGCGUGAAGAAAUACUGAUAUUGAAAGAUGAGUGUGAAAAACUUUAUCUGAAUAAGGAUAUGCUGGAACAACAGAAAAUGGAAGCAGAUGCAUUGAUUAGUCAUCUUGAAAAGAAUAAAAGUGAUUUGGAAAUGGAUUUGGAAAAAACAAUUUAUGAACGAAACACAUAUCAAGAAGCUUUAGCAAAAGCAGAAAAUGCCGGCAGUGCAACUGAAGGAGAUAAGCAAAAAGUUCAAGCUGAAUUGAAAAAGGUCGAAGAAGAAAAAGCAAUUUUACAAAGUCAAUGCACAGAUCAACAAAAUGAUUUGAUUUCUUUACGAAAAGAAUUGUUACAAGCGGAACAAACACGCCUAGAUCUAGAAGCCGAUAAACAAACAUUAAACGAGCGUAUUAAAUUCUUAGAAAUGGAAAAAGACAAAACCGAAAUGGAAUUAGGACAAGUUACACGUGAGCGAAGUGACUUAAACAACCAACUUACCGUACUCUCACGUAAGAAAGAGGCAUUAAACGAGGAUUUAAUGCGUGUACAUCAAAGAUUAGAACAAGCAAAUGAAAUGAAUGCACGAAUCAAUCGUAAUCUAGAAGAUCUUGUAAAAGAAAAUGAAGAGAAACAAGUGAUGCUAGAAAAAAAUGAUAAGGAAAUUCAACGUUUACAAGAGCAAUUAGCAGCAUCACGUACGGAAAAAGAAGCUUUAGAGGCGGUGUUGUUCGAUACGCAAACAAAUCUCGAAGAUACUGAAGUUAAACGAGCUCAUCUUGAAAAAGAUCAACAAGACUUGUUAAUACAAAAAGAAAAAUUGAAAGGUCAAAUAGCACGUCUUACUCGCGAACUAGAACAAUCAGAAAAACGAUGUCGUGAUGUAAAACAAUCGUUAACGAAACAAGCUGGAAAUCAAGAAGCUGAAUUUAAAUCAACACUUGCAAAUAUUAAGAAACAACAUGAAGACUACACAAAGAAACUACUCGAGGAGAAAGAAUUUAUUCGAAGUAGCUUAGAAAAGAAGUUACAACAAACUGUUUCACAGUUAACGAAUGAAAAAGAUACCGAAAUUCAACAGUUACGUGAUCGAAUUGAAUCACUUCAACAACAUAUCGAAAAUAUUUGUCAACAGCAUGAAGAAGUUUUGCUCCGUGCUGAAAACGAUAAACAACAAGCGUUAUUAUUAGCUCAUCAUGACAUGCAAGCAUUACAGGAACGUUUAGAGGAAGUACGACGUGAAUUAGAAGCAGAACGUGGUGCUUUAGAACGUUUGCGUCGGGAAUCUAGCACACGCGUUGAACAAGAUCGUGGUACUAUUAAUCAAUUGCGCGAAGAAUUGAAUAAAAUGAAAUCUAAAUUAGAGGAAUGUAAACAUAAGGGUGAAGAGGAACGUAUAAGAUUAGAAAUGCGUAUUGAAGAAAUUCGUAAAGAACGUGAAGAUUGUAAUCAAAAAGCGGAAGAGUUAAAAGUACAAUUGCACUUAACUGAAGAUAAGGCAGAUGGUUUAACAAAUCAGUUGCAAGAAACUACACGAAAAUUAAAAGAAGUUGAAAAUACAAGCGAGGCUUUACGAAAAGAAUUAACAGAUGUUCGAAGGCAAUUAACAGACAGUAAUUAUGAAAAAGAAAAAUACCAUAGUUCGAAUAAGGAGUUGCGAGAACAUGUUAAACGAGCUGAAACCGAUAAGCGAGAAACAAACCGAAGUCUUGAAGAAGCGUUCCAGAAAAUUGCAAGCCUAGAAGAAAUACGAACAGCUUUAGAAAAUGAAAAAACUCGAUUGCAAGGCGAAAUUCGUGAUGCAGAACGUGAACAGACUAACACUGAACAACGCUUGCGUGAAGCUCAAGAAGAAAUACAAAAAGCUGGUUCAAAUGCCACCCAGCAACAAGCCCAAGAGCGUGAGUUACAAUCACAGCUAGCCAACGAAUCUGAGGAACGUGAAAGAGCCCAACAGGAAGUUCAUCAACUUAAAAAACAAUUGGUAGAAUUGGAAUCAAACCUAGAAGCAACUCGUCAAGAGAUGGGUCGUCUACGUGCUAGAGGUGCGGAACGUGAGGAAAGAGGUCAUGGACGAGAACAAGAGUUAUUAGCUCGUUUAGAAGAUAGUCGCGUUCGAGAAAAACGUUUAGAAGAUCAAAAACAUAAUUUAGAAGUAUGUUUAGCCGACGCUUCCCAACAAAUUCAAGAAUUGAAGGCACGUUUAGGUGGAGCUGAAGGUCGAAUCCGUGCAUUGGAUGCACAAUUAGCACAAUGUGAAGCCCAUAAACGUGACAUUGAGCAGCGUUUAUCUAGUGUUGGUUCAACCUUACGUCGAAUUGCUGGUAUUCAGUUGGAUGGUAGUGUUGCGAUUCCAUACCGUUUACUAAGUCCAUCUCGUCGAUGGAGUCCUGCACGAGGAGAACAUCCUGAACGCGGAGAAGGUUUGAUUGAAGUUGAUCCAGAAGUGGUUAGAAAAGGCGUUAGAAAUUUGAUGCAACAAGUUGCUCAAAUAGAACGAGAAAGGGAUGACUACAAGACUCAAGUGGCUAAUUGCAAAAAACAGUUAAUGGAAUUAUCUGAAAAUCAAAGUAAAGGUGAAAGUAAGCUGAAUACGAUUGUAACUUCUUUGAGAAAUAUUCAAGAGGAAAAAGGAUCACUUGAAGCGAAACUAGGACAAAAACAAGCAGCUCUUCAUGCACAUAGUGAAGCAUUAAAACAAAAAACUGACGAAGUAAAUCAGAUGCGAGAAAAAAUUACCAACUUAGAAUUAGCAUUGCAAACAUCAAAUGAAGAUAAAUCACAAUGUGACGAUAAAUGUGAAAAAUUACGUGGACAAGUUGCUCGUUUAGAAAAUGAAAAACGUGGUUUACAAGAUGAACUAAGUCGUUCCGAAGCGCGUUCUGGUAAAUUAGAAUUGCAAAGAGUUUCGUUGGAGGGUGACAUACAGCGUUUACAAAUGAUGUUACAAGACAAAGAAGCUGCGAUUCAAAAACUGCAAGAACGCUGCGAAGGCCAAAGUCGAACAGUAGUUAGCUUAGAAGAGAGAUGUGCAUCAUUAAAAUCAACUAUCGAUCAAUUAAAUAUAUCAUUAGAACGAGCUGCAGGUUGUGAAAAUGAUCUUCGAAGUGAAAUUCAGGCUUUACAACGAGCAUUAUUAGAAACAAGUACAAUGUCUCAAUCUAGUACUGAAAAAUUGAAACAGGUAUUUAGUGGAAUUGUAUCCGAAAUCCAGUUGCUCCAAAAAUCAUUAAUAAAUGCUGAAAAUGAGCGUCGAGUAUUGGCUGAACGAUUAGAUCAUAGUCAACAAAAUGCUGCGGAAUUGAGACGAGCGAAAGAACAAUUAGAAGAUGUUGUACAACAUUUGAGAAAUGAUAUAGCCAGUAAUGAAGUGCAACGUGCUGGUUUAGAGUCACAAUUACGUUUAGCUGUUCAAUGGCCACCAGAUAGUCCAUCAAUUUCUGUAGAUGAACGUACAAGCUCAGCUCAUCGGUACAUACGAACUCAUGAACGACAUGAUGAAGAAUUAUCAAGGCAGUUGGCAACAACGCAGAGAGAACGAAGCGAAUUAAGAGGCAAAGUUGAUGCAAUGGCAGAAAAGAUUCGACAACUAGAAACUGAUAAACGUAGCUUGGAACGUGCUAUAACAACUGCAAAAUCAGCUCGAAGUAAGAGCUACGAACGUCCAGAAAAACCUGUAAUUUAUGGUGAAGUAGACUCGAGUACAGAAUGCUUACAUCAUGAACAGGAAAUACGUGAACUUCGAUUAAAAGUUCGUCGGUUAGAAUCACAAUUAGCUGAAAAAGAAGCUGAAAUUACACGACUUCGAAUACGUCCAGAGUACAAGUAUGAUCGUUCUGAAAUUGAACGGGCACGUGCAGCUCAAUUACAAGCAGAACGAUUAUUAGAAGCCAGAGAACAAAGUCAUCGUCAACAUAUUCUUCGUUUAGAAAAUCAAGUGCAAAUGUUACGUGAUCAAUUAAAUCAAGAAAUUAAACGUCGCCAACAAUACGUGCUACGAAGUACGCGUGCUGGUCGUGAAAUGCAACAAUUACGUCAAACAUUGGGUGAAUCGUUACGUACGGUAUCACAAGAUCCAACAUUGGAUGCGUUACUAUUAGAGCAUGAAACACGAAAACUUGAUAAUACUAUAGCAAGCUCUGCCAGUCUUCCACCAGGACUCUCAAUACCUUCCUCUCAUUAUGAGACCCGUUCAAUAACGCCACAACCCAAAUAAAAUAAAAUCGUUUUAUAAUAAAUAAUAUAAAUUUUUUUAUCCUGUGGACCAAAACUACUAUGUUGGUAAAAAUUUAUGCCAUUCCCCUAAACGUACCAACGACACACAUGAUGUAAAUUUAACAUCAAACUGACAUUCAUGGUUAUGUUCAAAUUAUCACAUUUUGACAUAAAAUAUUGACACAUCUUACGUAAGUAUAGCGAUCAUGACAUCUUUCUGACGUCAAGUUAACUAAAAAAUGUUGACUGGGAUAUGACUUUCAGUUUUACGCAAUGAGUAGUUUCUUUUUUUUUCUCACAAAGUGUUCGAAAUAAGAAUGAGAUCAUGAGGCCAAUCACGCAUUAUCGAAUUUAGGUAGAAAACGUACAGUGUGUUAACAAAAAAUAGAGUCAAAGAAAACAAAAAGUUUGUUUUGCUAGUCACUGGCGCUUUUUUCUCAUUCAAAAUAAAUGUCAAAACAGUAUUUUUCGUAGU